AUGCCACAUCACCAUGUCUCCAAACGCCCUUACAACGGAUCUCAACCCCAGAUAACAUCUUACUUCUCCUCGCCCUCCACCACCGGCCCCCUCUCCGACCGCGCGCGCGAGCCAAACAACCCGCCUCUGUCCCUGCCCCUGGACGUCCAAUCGAAUCUCCUGUCUGUCGGUAUGCGUGUGCGCAAAGCUGUACCGGAGGGGUAUAAAACCGGUGCUGCUUAUAGCGCUUUUACGUUAUUCGCGGAUGAUACGAGUCACUUUUCGGGUUCAUCGGCAGCUUCACCUGAGCCUGAGAAGAGAUAUGGAGGUGUGAGUGGGAGUGGGGGAAACCGGCCUAGAGCGAGGGAGUUGACGCCUUUUUGUGGGAUUUUAAAGGUUGGUGGGAUGGCGCAACAACAGCAGCAGUGGGGAGUAGAGGAAGAAGGGGAGGAGGAUGAUAUGGAGUGUCCGGUAUUGAGUCAGGGGAGUACGAGUUCGAAUGACUAUGGUGGAUUUACCGGGAACGGAGGAGGGAAUAAGCGGAGAUUUGAGGACGAGGAAGAGCAGGAGGUUGAGGGCAUGAAUUUCGACCUGGGCUUGGAGUUUCGUGCUGGGAGGGUUAUGGCGGUGCCGGUACCGAGACGCAAGAAGAUGGAGCUGGAGCUGGAUAGUAGGCGGAAGAUGGUGUUUGGACGUGGGCAGGAGAAUGUAGCUGUUGUGGGUGCUGACGGUGAUUUUGGGGAAGCGGAGUUUUUGGAUUAUGAGGGCGUGAUGGGGGAGGUUGAGAUGGAUGGUGUUUGA